AUGCCCGUCCACGGAAAGUGGGUCAGCAGCUGCACCCCACUCACCCGUGGGCCGGGCUACAACUGCAGCCCAAGCAUCAGCAGGAGACAGUUCGACAACCGCCAUUCCCGAAUGGCCGUGGGAUUAUCCCCGUUCACAGAGGAAGAGGUACAGUGGGAGCAGGCUCUGGGUGCCUCGCUCUCCCUGCGCAGCACCUUCAGGGAGCUGGAUCCCCCUUGCUGGUCCCCUGCCAGUGCCGGUGCCAGUGCGAGCGGGCAGUGGCACCCCCUGCAGCAGCCCCAGCCAUUGCUGCGGCACGGGCAGAAGCUGCCUCUCCGCUCGUGGGGGAAGUGUUUCCUCUACUGCAACGGGCUCAUGGACCACCUGUAUGUCUGCCAGAAUGGCAACGGCUGCACUGCCUGGUACAAGGCCCCCACCCGCUUCACCGGCACGCUGGACGCCUUCGUGAAGAUCACGCGCCAUGAGGGCAUCAGGUCUCUGUGGAGCGGCUUGCCCCCCACCCUGUGAGUUGGGACUUUGGCUCUCUACUGGUUUAACUAUGAGCUGGUGAAGCAGUGGCUCUGCAGGCAGGCCCGGCUUGAUGAGGCCACGUUCAUGAUCAGCUUUGCAUCUGGGGCCAUCUCUGGGACGGUGGCUGCAGUGCUGACGCUGCCCUUUGAUGUGGUGAAGACCCAGCGGCAGAUCGAGCUGGGAGACAGCGAGGUGCACCCAGUCGCAGCCUCCAAGCCUUCCUCCACGUGGCUCCUCAUGCGACGCAUCCGCGCCGAGUCUGGCACCCGGGGGCUGUUUGCAGGCUUCCUGCCCCGUGUCAUUAAGGAGCUACGGGCUCUGUGCUGUGCCCACAGGGUGUAUGGUGUGGGACAUAUGGACUCCACACCACACACAGCAUGA